AUGCCACAUCUUCGCCUACACUCUUCCAGAUCGCUCGCAUGGAUUCGCUGUUUGAAUCCCACUUCUCCCCUCUUGCCGCCGCUGGCAAGCCCAUGGAUUGCUCGCAUGGACUCCCUCUUUGAGGCGCACUUCUCCCCUCCUGCCACCUCUGGCAAGCCCAUGGGUCGGUGCGGCAAGUGCCCUUUGGAGCCCACUCCUUUAAACUCACCACAAUCCCCCUCUCUGCUGCCCCCGUUCUUCCCUCUCUCGUCCAGAUCGUUCGCAUGGACUCCCUCUUCGAGGCACAUUUCUCCCCUCUCGCUGCCUCUGGCAAGCCCAUGGGUCGCUGUGGCAAGAGCUGUUGAAAUCGCUCGCAUGGAUUCGCUGUUCGAAGCGCACUUCUCCCCUCUCGCCGCCUCGGGAAAGCCCAUGGGUCGCUGCGGCAAGUGUGGGCGGUUCAUGCGCUUCGUGCCUCUGAAACCCACACGCCUGUUCUGCCCCACCUGUGAAGACGUUUUUAAUCUCCCUCAGAAUGGUGCUAUCAAG